AAAUCCACCAGCUUCUGCCCCCUGCUACCACGCCCAGCUUCCACUGUAUACUUUCAUUUAAACUUUAAACCUCAUUAAUAUUUUAGCCAACAGAGCACCUUUGCAUUGCUUCUGUUAUGCCCAGAUUGUGGAGUUCCCCAAAAAACCAAGAAGGACACUGAGUCAUGUAUGUAAAAGCAAAGAGCCCUUAUUUAGGUAUUUCCUUGGAACAUUAGGUACCUUCCCCUUUGGACCGUCCAUUCUUGGGUGGUCUCUGGGUGGUUGAGCCUGUCAUGGCUGGGCCCUACAUUUUCCUAAACAUGAAAUUGCGUGCUAUCCUUUUGAAUCCUGUCUCCCAAAUCUAUUCAUUCCAUUCUUUUUUGGACAAAUGUCUCAACAUGCCUGCCUAUUUGAAUAGAACAAUGUAGACCAAGCUGGUCUCAAACUCAGAGCUAUGUCCCCACCUCCCUAGUGCUGGGAUUAUAGGCAUAUCCAGUCCAAAUUCCUAACCAAUUAAAGGUUAGGCAUCAUUUCCUCGGGAAACUCUUCUCCACCCUGUGGAAUGUUUCUAUAGCACUGUUGUUUGACACCAGACAUCAUAUAGUCUCUGUAGGGCAUCUAACCAGAGCUGAGUACGUCCAGAACAAAUUCAGUAACUUACACAUUCUUGAAUCUGAGUUCCAGAGAACAAGGCAAAUUGUGGGACACAAUAAAUGUGACUUGAGCUAAAAUGAGAAGUGACCGCAAGUUUGGAUGUUUCCUUUCAGUGGGGAGUCCCCCCAUUCCUGAGGUGCCAAGUUGCCAGAUGUGUCACGGAGUGACAGCGAAGUCACAGAACCCCGUGAGGCCAAGGUGACGACGCAUUGCCAUGCUGGCAGGAGAGCAAUAAGGGGGUGCAGGUCCGGAGAAUCUUCACGCGGGUGUGGGGCGGGAGCAGGCACUCGGCAGCGGGCCCCACUUUUAAGCUUCCCGCAGGGUCCAUCAGGCUGGGAAAAUGCUUGGUAACUAGAAAGCUAGGAGCCACACGCCCUGUCACCCCCAAGUGCCACAAGGCUAUGGGGCCGCACAGCGUCAACUGCUCCGCACUUCCAGUCAUUUCACUCUCCUAGCGCCAUCUUACAGACCCUCACCGUCGGGCAAUCCACAGCCAUCCCGACCAACACCACAGGGCAGGCGGCUCCUCGGACCUCCCCAGCAGAAAGGAGAGGCGGAAACCAUGGGCUUGGUAUCAGAGCAGUUGCUAGGGCCCACGCCACAGCCUUAGGGCCUAACAUCCGGCCCGCAGCGCUCACAGCGCGAGGCUUUCGAACCAGCCCCGCCGGAAGGCACGGCCGGAAGGGGCGGGCACUGCGCCCGGUGGGGCCUUCGCGCCAUGGCUUCUCGCGGCGUCGUUGGCCUCUUCUUGCUCUCCGCUCUCCCUCUCCUGUGUCUGGAGCUCCGGCGCGGGAUCCCGAGCCUCGGAAUUAAAGAUCUCAUCUUGCUGAGUGGCCGGAUAUUCCUGUUGCUUGCCCUGCUGACCCUCGUCAUUUCUGUGGCCACCUCCUGGUUUAACUCACCUAAACCUUCCCGAGUUCACGUGAAAGAAGGAGAAGAGAAUGAGAAAAGGCAACGACUCGUGAGGAGAAGACAAUGUGAACAGUGUAGUAAUAACACUUUUUUUCUUGAACAGGCCAGCAGAUAUAUACAGAAUGUUUUAAAACCUCAGCAGGAAAUGAAAUUGAAGAGACUAGAAGAACGGUUUUAUCAGAUGACGGGUGAAACCUGGAAAUUAACUCCUGGCCACAAACUCGAGGUUGGAAAUGCUGGUGUUCCUGAUUUACCUGACGAACCAUCAGAAACAGCUGAGGAGGUAGUUACUGUUGCCCUUCGAUGCCCAAGUGGGCGUGUUUUGAGGAGGAGAUUUUUCAAGUCUUGGAAUUCACAGGUCUUAUUUGACUGGAUGAUGAAAAUUGGGUACCACAAAUCCCUAUACGGCCUUUCCACUUCCUUUCCCAGACGACCUCUGGAAGCGGACGGAGGCUUGUCACUGGAGGACAUAGGGAUAACUGUGGACACUGUACUUAAUGUGGAAGAGAAAGAACAGAGUGGCCAGUAAAAUCACAACUACCUGUUGUCCUUCAAGUCGUAUGACCUCACCGGCAGUGUUCACAUUAAAGCCAUGCUGUAUGUUGUGCUCCUCUUGUUCAUAGGAGCAUACCUACAUACAAUGGAAGAGGAUUGCUUGAUAUGGAAAGCUUUGUGGACUGUACCAUCUUACAUUGUACCCAAGUGAGAACAAGGUCAAAAGGAUGCAAGACAUCUGACAGGUCUGGGCCAGGCAAGGGGGCACAUGCCUCCUGGAAAGUCUGAGUUAGACCGUCUUAAAACAAACCAACUAGCUGAUAAAGAACUGUGAUUUCUGCUUCUUGAAUCUACAGUAUUUAACAAUUCAGCCAAACCCUUCAAAUCUUCAAGUAGGAAUACUGAUUCCACUGUAUUUCUAAAAACUUUAAAAAAAGACUUUAAAGAAAUUUCAGAGUGGACUGAUUCUAUGUAAUUUUGACCUAAACCUGAGGGUGAAGUUUUUGCCACAGGAACUUUGGGGAACACACUGAAACUGCAGUAAGCAUGGCCAUUGUUGGUAGGUGCAUUUUGUGGGAACACACUUUUACUGGAAGUCAGAGUUUGAGCUUAUUUUUGCUCUCAAAGUUUUUGACUACAAGCUAGAGAUUCUGACCAAUUAGUAUUUUGGAUGUAGAGAUGAAUCUGCUCCACCUGGACCAAAGGUCGGAGAAUUCAAGUCUCCUUCUAUCAUGUUAAUAAAGUCUGUUGCCCCUCCUCCCCCUUUUGGAGUGAAGUAUGUAAGUGUGUAGAAAAUAAACGAGGCGGAUUCAGUAUUCACUGAAUGUCCCUCUUGAUG